CGCCCACUGCUCGCCCUGCUUCCUGCCUUGCUCAGGAAAGGGACGGCGCUGACGGCUGGGACGACGCGAGGUGCGACAAAAAGCCCUUGGAAAGACGCAAGAGAGCGGGGAACGGUCCUGGUUUGCACCGUCCGUCGGGAGAUAAGCACCCCAAGUUACCUGAGAGGCCGAAUUUGUCAACGAAGCGGCGCCGGAAAAUGUCGAACAGUCGUCAGCUUAGCGAGAGCAGGGCCAUCCCGACCAGGACGGUGUUGAUCAACGACUCAACGCAGCUACCUCAUGACUACUGUACCACCCCUGGAGGCACUUUAUUCUCGACCACUCCCGGAGGAACACGGAUCAUCUACGACCGCAAGUUCUUGCUGGAUAUGCGUAAUUCGCCCAUUGCCCAGACCCCGCCCGCUCACCUGCCUGUUAUCCCCGGUGUGACCAGCCAAAACACGCUCCAUGAGAACCGGAAGAAUGAAGCCAACAACCACGUCAGCAACCACAACGGAAAGUCUAUGACCGGUGACGACGCUCAGUUUGAAAUGGACAUCUGAAAGACUGGCACCAUCGUAAAAAAACAAACAAGUAAAUGACCUGACAUGGCCUGUCAUGUCAGUGGCUUGGCUUAUCGAAACAAAUGUGUUGUUGAGCCCUCGUGGCAGCCAUCUUCUUUCGCUCUCCACCUCGUUGCUGCUGGAUGUCGUCUGCGUGUGUGUGUGCGCGCAUGUGUGUGUGCGUGUAUACGUGCGUGCGUAAAAAUCCGAGGGAUGCAGUGCAUACUGUCUGGUACGGCGGGGGCCUCACUCUGGAAACUGGGUCAAUUUGAAUAGAAUUCCAUAGCUGCUGUACAAUUCAGCCAUACAACAAAGGGAGCUGGCGUGAUGAUUAUGCAUCCACACACACACACACACACGAAUGGCAGUGAGCUCAUUAACAGAGCACGCCUGACUUAUCUCAAGAGGACGCGGCUGUGUUUUUUAUUUUAGCCUUAAUUCUUUGAAAUUUAUUCAGAACUUAUUUUUUUUAAAAAAAUUAAAUCAUUAUAUUUUUUUUCUUUCCGAUUUGGAUUGGGAACUAUUUGAAAACGCUCCACAAUGUGCAGUUUGGUCUCUUUCCGUGUGUAUAGAUUUUUCAAUUUAUGAAAUAAAUUAAAUUAAAAGUAUUUUCUACUGUAAUUGGAGGCCAAAAAGUUAAACGUCGGCCGUUCAGUGAUAAUUCUGACCAUCCUGUGUGGAUGAUCACUGAUUUGAGAAAUUUGGAAAUUGUCAUCAAUUGUUUUCUUGGCGGGUACAAAUUAUAUAAUAUAUUUUUUUCCUCCAGGUGAAAUACUGUAAUAUGGGGAAAGCCUUUUUGGUUGACAAGAGCUUUAUGUUGAAAAAUAGGUGAAAAGCUUUGGGAAAUUCUCACGAAGUUUAUGGAAACUUGAGACAGGAAAUUUUCAAACUUGGACACUUGGAAAAAAAAAAUUCAAAUGACAAUUAAUAAGAAUUAACCAGAAAAAAACGGUUGUGGAAAACAAUGUAGGCAAUUAACAUUUAGUUUUGUCACUAGGAGACAUGCACGAAUAUCGAUUAUUAGUGUCAUAGUUUUUUAUGUGGUUACAUUAUCGAACAACAAAAAAAGAAGAAUGUUGCAAAAAUUAAAUCCAUAUCCAGGUUAUCCCUGUAAAUACUCAUGACAUCCAAAUGAAAGUGUCCCGAUUUGAAAAUUUCCCAAAUUUUGUAACCCUGAUGCAAGAAGGGAGCUGAUACUUGACUUAAAUAUUCCGACCUAAUGUGGAAAUUGAUGAAGCCCAAUGUAAAUUUUAGGCGGGAAGUGCUUUUCGUAACACUGGAAAUGAUCCAGGUAUGGUGUAUGCAUUUAAUUUUUUUUUUUUUUUUUAAAGAUACCAUUUUCUGUAUUAAUGGUCUCUUUUGACUGUAGGUUAAACCGACCUUUACCAUGGUCAAAAGGGUUUCUGAGUUUAAUGGUGCCAUUCCAUAAUCUGCAUAACUCUCCCCAGUGUCCUUAAUCCAUUCUACUGUAAUGAUCUUUUUUUUUUGGUCAUGUAGUUGUACCGACAUCUUACUUAAAUGCAAUGCAGUACAAAAAUCUAGUCAUCAUUUUGUACUACUGCAAAAUGGAUCUUUUUGGGUGGGGGGGUCACCACUGUAAAGAAACAUUGUAUUCAGCAACUGAAGAAAAUGGGUUCUUUUUGCUUUUGUUUGUCGAUGUGGAGUUUGAAAGAGUUGAGAGGAAACAACACAUCACAGUUAUUUGGUUCAACACCCGUUUUCCAUCGCAAAUGGAUUCAUUCUACGUUUUGUCUAGCAAAAUUCUUGAGUGCAGAUUGGACAAGGAGCGCAGAAAAAAAUGGUGUAAUUUUCAAACAACGAGAAAAGAUUUGGAACAAACUUUGAUUUGAGAAAAUAUUUUUCAUGAAAGAUGAAAUUCCAGUGAACGCUCUUGCUACAAGAUCAAUAAAAGUUCCUUAACAAGGAAA